AUGACUGGUAGGAAGAAAUCUCUAGUAGACCUCAAAUUGGAAGGAAACAACUAUGUGACUCUGGGUGAUGGAGAAAUAAGGUUCACCAAAGAGGAGUGCAUUAUCACGAAUGAAGCAAAUGAGGAAGUCAUGAAGGGAUUUAGGUCUAAGGAUAAUUGCUAUCUAUGGAAGCCUAACACCCCUGUCUACCCCUCUGACUACUCCAUGAUCAGAGAAGAAUUAAAAGUUUAUUGUCAAGAUUCUGAUGAAUCUGAUGAGUCUGAUAGAUCUAAUGAAGAAUCAUAUGUUGGAGAUUUCACCAUAAGUGAACUAUCUGCUGGUUUUACUGAGACCUGUUUAAUGAAUGAGAAACUGCGUGACACAGGCUCUGUCUCAAAAAGUUUCAGAAUGUCUCAGCAAUCGAGUGAUGGAUCUUCCGUAUCUGGCUCGGCAACACCGGAAGAUUCCUCUAACCCUAAUAGGAUUCUUAAGGUUGUCCCUUUAAGGACGAUUAGCAGUGACGAAGUAAAGGCCACAAAGCCUAAAACGACACAUGCAAAACGGCCCAAGGAGGGUAUUCGUAACAAGGGAACCAAACCCUCUUCAUCUGCUACCAUGGAAGAACUUACUAAAGAAGGAUCCAAAUAUGUCAAUAGCAUAAUUACCAGGAUUGUUACUCGCAUUAUGAAGGAAAAUCAUCAAGUGCCUAGAAUAUCUGUUCCUCUUCAAACCAUAAUGGCUGAUCCCCUCAAAAACACCAGUAAGACUGAAGCUGUUCACACUGUUGAUAGUGACCCAACUGAAAAGGAGAUCAACAAGGAUGGACAAGGGAUUGCCAAUAAUGCCAAUGUUACUGCAGAUGUCAAUGACAUUGAAGAUAAUGAGCACCCCAAGGCCAAUACUGAAACUGAUACUAAUGUGGUAGACCUAGAUGAGUACUCUGACAACGAAUCACUUACCUCUUUGAAUCCUAGUGUAUCCAACAGGCUAAUGACAAGAAGAAAAGACAAAGUUUUUGUCCAAAGAUCCCCUAAAAAGAGCACACAAGUGAAAAUCCCUGUCAGGAAGAAGAGUACUUCUGCUGGUCCUAUCAAGAGCAAAGCUAUAACCAAGAGUACAGGGGUUGGUCCAUCAAAAUCUUGGAGCAAGGUCAUUCCAAAGAAAAGAAAGGAACGGGAAAUUGUUGAACCUGAGUCUGAUGCUGAAGUGAAUGUCCCUGACAUCCCAUCAAGGAAGAAGCCUACAACCAGUAAGCUUAUUGCUAGUAUUCCUGAAGUUCCUAUUGAUAAUGUGUCAUUCCACUAUGCCUCUAGUGCCAGCAGGUGGAAGUAUGUACUCCAGAAGAGAUUGGUUGUGGAAAGGGACUUGGCUACAAAUGCUCUUGAGAACAAGGAGAUAUUAGAACUAAUUCAAGAAGCCAGACUAUUAAAGACUGUUUGCAAUAUUCCCAAAUUUUAUGAGAAGCUGGUCAAAGAAUUUCUGGUGAACUUAUCUGAAGACUGUGAAAACAACAGGAGUGUGGACUACAGAAAGGUGUUUGUGAGAGGUAAGUGUGUAUCAUUCUCUCCGUCUGUGAUUAAUAAAUUCUUGGGAAGAACAGAUGAAGCUCAAACUGAGAUGGAAGUAACAGACAACAAAGUCUGCCAAGUGAUCACAGCCAAGCAGGUAAACAGCUGGCUCCUGAAAGAGAAGCUAACUGCAAGUAAGCUGACCACCAAGUAUGCAAUGCUUCACAAGAUAGGAGCAGCCAAUUGGGUUCCAACAAAUCACAAGUCCACUAUCUCAACUGUGCUUGGCAGAUUUCUGUAUGUUGUAGGAACAAAGGCAAAGUUUGAUUAUGGAACAUAUAUUUUUAACCAAACUAUGAAGCAUGUUGGAAGCUUCAGUAUUAAGGGUCUGUUUGAUUAUGGAACAUAUAGAAGGAUUUUCGAAGUUAGUGUUACCGUUGACAAAGUUGACUAG